GGAUGAAGGCAGAUAUUUCAAAAGGAAGUGGCCAUGGAGUCUGCAGUCUCAACAAAAUUUGACAGUAAUUCCCCCUUCUCAUUGUUGCCUUUUAGUCAUAAAGUGCAAAACCUUUUAGUAGCACUUCUAAUAGGAAAACUUCAUAUUCUGCUUUUGAUGCAACCUAUAGAUGUGGAAUGAUUUAAGAAGGAAGAUAAUUGGAUGUAGAUGUAUUAGAUGGCCAAAUAAGUACAUGCAUUCUCCAGUGACUGAUGCUAAAGAUAAAUAUGUUUUAUCUGUUGGAGUGUGGAUUAGCUGUAACAUCUUUUUGAUAACAAGUUUCUGAAUUUUGACAAUUUCCCUUUAAAUCUCCAUUUUGUUGCAGAAUGUUUGAAUAACCUUCUGAUCACUGACAAUUUAAAUGUGAAGAAGUCAUUAAUUAUGGUGUCUGCAUGCCUAUUUGGUCAAACCUUGUGGUUGAUCUCUGCACAAGUAGCAUAUGCUAGUGAACUUACCCGAGGAAAUGCAGUUUAUGAGAUUGGAGAGUUGUUUGAAUUAGGAAUCCAGUUAUCUUAUCUACUUUUACUAUUGGGUUUGCUUGGGGCUGGAACCUUUUUUGUGAUCCGUCAAGUACUUGUACGCAGAGAACUUGACCUUUCUGCCAAAGAAUUGCAGGAGCAAGUAAGAAGUGGUGAUGCGAGUGCAACUGAGUUGUUUGAACUAGGUGCUGUUAUGCUAAGAAGAAAAUUUUAUCCAGCUGCUACAAAAUACUUGCUUGAGGCAAUUGAGAAAUGGGAUGGAGAUGAACAAGAUCUCGCGCAGGUUUACAAUGCCCUUGGUGUCAGUUACAUGCGGGAUGGAAAGCUGGAAAAAGGAAUCAGUCAAUUUGAGACUGCUGUGAAGCUUCAGCCCGGUUAUGUCACAGCCUGGAACAACCUUGGCGAUGCAUAUGAGCAGAAAAAAGACUAUAAAUCCGCCCUGAAGGCAUUUGAAGAAGUGCUACUUUUUGAUCCUAACAAUAAGGUCGCACGUCCUAGGAGAGAUGCAUUGAAGGAUCGCGUACAGUUGUACAAAGGAGUCUCUAUCAAAUCAAAAGACAGAUGAGAUAGUCUUUUGGCUACAGGGAUUUGCAUUUUUCCUCUAUUUUUCUGACUUUUACGUCAAAAAGAAAAUUUUAUUUUCUCAUGUUCUUCCUUCUUUUUUCAGUUUUGCAUUCAGCUUGUGAUCACUGGAUUGUAGAAAUCCUUUUUAACACCCUGAAGACUCUGGAAUAAUGAGAACAAAUUAGUAUCGAAGUAUGCUGCAUAAAUGCCUCAUUUCUGUGAUUUUUUAAACCAAGCAGCUGAGGUGAUGCUCAAUAAUUGGUACGGUUUGAGGAGGCUAUUUGGAUUUCAUUUUCCCUUAAUUUUUUUUUUAUACAUCUGAGGGUUAAUUGCUUGGCAUGGCAGAAGUUUGAAUUCUUAACCUUGAUCCCAAAUCAAAGCUUUUUAGUUAGUGAAUUCCAACUUAACCAAGCUCUUGUUGGUUCUUUUUCCCUUUAUUCAACCAUAUGAACUCCUCUCUUUUCUUAGAGAUUUUCUUUCUUUUUCCUUUUCGAGCAUUGCAAAGUUGG